AUGACGUUUGCCGACAAGACACUGCCAACCGGCAGUGAACUGACUGUUCUCAAAAAUGCACGGAUCGUCCUGGUGGACCAGGUCGUAACGGGUCAUGUUGCGAUUUCCGAUGGACGUAUCGUUUCCAUCGAUACCGGCUUGGCGCCGCAGGCAGGGCAGGACCUCGACGGAGAUUACCUGAUCCCCGGGCUUGUCGACAUUCAUACCGACCAUUUCGAGAAGCAUGUUUAUCCACGCGCCCAUGUGCGUUGGGAUCCGCUCAGAGCGGCGCUCGCCCAUGACGCGCAGAUUAUCGGCAGCGGUAUCACGACGGUUUUCGACAGUCUCUGUGUCGGUGCAACGGUCUCCAGACCGGAGCGUCGUGAAGUUCUCGCACCGAUGGUUGAUGCUCUGGAAAAAGGGCAGGCUGCCGGCAUGUUCCGAGCCGAGCAUAUGGUCCAUCUUCGCUGCGAGAUCACGGAUGCCGAAACGGCGCGGCUAACGGAAGAAAAUAUAGGUAAGUCCAUUGUUCGCAUGAUUUCGGUGAUGGAACAUCUUCCGGGCCGCCGCCAGAGCAAGAAUAUCGAAGCCUACACGCAACGCAGAAUGGCAGAUACCGGAGAGUCCCGCGCCGAAGCGGAAAGAACCACGCAGAACCUGUUGAAUCAUUCAGACGAAAUCAGCGAAAAGGUCCGCCCUGCCGUGAUUUCACUUGCGCAUGCGCACAAGCUGCCUUUGCUCAGUCACGAUGAUACGGAGCUUCAUCACGUCGAUGAGGCAUUGUCCGAAGGCAUUACGGUUUCCGAGUUUCCUUGCACGCUGGCAGCCGCACGCAAGGCGAAAGCGCAUCAGAUGUGCGUGGUCGGAGGCGCGCCGAAUGUGCUGCGAGGCGGGUCGCAAUCCGGAAACGUCGCGGUGAGCGAUCUGAUGGCGGAAGGCCUGGUUGACAUUCUGGCGUCCGACUACGUGCCGAGGUCAUUGCUGGACGGUGCCUUCAUGAUCGCCGCAGACGCGAGUUUCAAGGAAGACCUGCCCGCGGCGAUCCGGAUGGUGAGCGGGACGCCAGCAGAAGUUUCCGGUCUUGAUGACAGGGGCGAAAUAGCGGUCGGCAAACGUGCGGACCUCUUGCAUGUCGCUCUUCACGACAGGCAUCCUUUCGUCAAGAUGGCCUGGCUGAAGGGGCGUCGGGUUCACUGA